CCUAGAUACAGUUAGGAAUGGUAUCUCUCCUUCAAAGCAAUGAAAGAAGGCCUCAACUACUUCAAAGGAAAGAUGAUGACAAGGAGGAGGACCAACAGUAUCAAGAGAACGCCACUCUCUCUUUCUAUUCCUUGAGUAACCUCAAAGCAUCCACUCCUCUUAUUAUUCUUCUUCUUCUUUUAUACCAACCCUUUUUCCAAGAAAGAUACACACUAUUUCUCCACCAUGGCUAGACAUCAAUAUGGGUUCCCGCUAAUUUUCUCCAUCAUCGUCUCCUUCUCCCUCUCCCUCGUCUCUUUUGUUUCUUGUAUUCUUGCUGAGUCCAAGAAAGCCAAGAAGGAGGAUCUCAAAUUGAGCAAUAAACUGUGUGAAUUGCCCCAAAGCCAUGCAUUUGGCUUUGGUAUCGCAGCUCUGAUAUGGCUAGUCAUCGCUCAAGGCAUUGGGAACGUGAUGAUUUGCACUCUUUUUCGGCAGAGAGAGAACAGUAACAGCUCCAAGGCUAAGAAACCAAAGAUUGCCACGGGACUCCUGGUUUUCUCCUGGAUCAGCUUUGGAAUUGCAGUUAUUUUACUGAGCACAGCCACAAGCAUGAGCAGGAGGCAAGCCUAUGGGAAAGGAUGGUUGGAUCAUGAAUGCUAUGUGGUCAGAGAUGGAGUGUUUAUUGGCUCAGGGGUCCUAAUCUUGGUUACCACAGCCACCUUACUUGGCUCAGCAAUCUUUACACUUAGACAGGCAGAAGCAGAACAAGGUAGAAAAAUGCAUGCACAAGUUGGAUAAAAAACACACUCAAAAAGGAAAUACACAUCAACAACCAAAAAAACACACACACACAGGCACUGAUAUCUGUGUACAAGAAGAGAUGGAGGCAAUCUCCCCAUACGCAUGCCAAUAAGUGGGAACAACUCCACCAUGUAACAGGUAUAGAAGCCCAAAAAAACAAAAGUGCAAAGUGGCUGAGAGAAGGGGAUUGCCAUUCUUUUGUGUGGUUGGGACGAGAUGAGGAAAAGAAUAAAGGCAUGCUGCAAAGGCUUCAAGUCC